AUCAACAGUCACCAACCCUCUCUCCCUCAAUCCAUAGGAUGCCUUCACAACCUCCACAGAGUCACAGGUGACCCAGCGGCGGCAGGAGCAGUUCAUUCUUGGUAAGCCGCAGCAGAGCCACUACCCACUGUCACUGGGAGGGAAUAUUUGCAUAUUACUGAUUAUUGGUGAAAAUCGAGCAUCCAUUGAUGGACCAGAAAACAUGGCUUUGGAGAAAGAAAGCAUCAGAAAGGACAGUUUUAGCAAAGAACAAAUCCAAUAUACUAGAGAGGGAACAGGAGGAGAAGAUUGCACGAUUGGAGAGAUCCUUGCAAGGUUUACAAGAACAACUUUCAUUUGCUCAGGCUGAAUGCUUUGACAAAGAUGUUAUUUUAGCCAAGCAAGCAAAAGUAGCUGAAGAAGCCAUACUAGGCUGGGAGAAAGCAGAAGCAGAAGCUAUAGCUACCAAGACAGAACUUGAUGACACUCUACACCAGAAAGCCACAGUUGAGCAAAGGAUUUGUCAGCUUGAUGAGGCUCUAAAUGUUACAAUGGUAGAGAGGGAGUUAUUGAUAAAGGAUACUGCUAAAAUAAUUUCUUGUGAGAAGGAUAAAGUUCAUAAGCUGGAAGAAAAUUUAGAAGAGAAACAAAACAUAAUUGCUAGUUUGGACGAUGAGUAUAGCAGACUAUCUGAAAUCCUCUUAGCAAAAGAGAAAGUCAUCUUAGAUCUAACUGAAUUAAAUGCAGUGAAAGAGUCAGACUUAAAGGACCUUGUGGUAAAGCUAGAGUCAACAGAGAGAUCAAAUUCUUCUCUUAGAUAUGAGGUUUGUAUGCUGCAGAAGCAACUUGAUAUUCGAAGUGAGGAAAGGAAGUGCAAUCUCAAAUCAGCUGAUGCUUCACACAAGCAACAUCUCGAAAAUGUAAGGAAGAUUACGAAGCUAGAAGAAGAAUGCAAGAGAUUGCGUUCAAUGGUACGUAAAAGGCUACCAGGACCAGCUGCCAUUGCAAAAAUGAGAAGUGAAGUUGAAACACUGGGCAACAAUAUAGCUCAGACAAGGAUGGGGAAGUUAAAUUCUCCGGCAUCAUCCAAUUCAUAUGAUCCGGUACAGAAUUUUUCUGACGCAUCACAUUCAAGUUCUUCUUUGCUUGCAAGGCUACAUGUGAUGGAAGAUCAAAAUAAAUCCAUGAAGGAAUCACUUUCUAGAAAGGAUGGUGAACUUCAAUUUUCUCGUACUAUGCUUGCUCGUGCAAACUCUAAACUUUCCCAAGUUGAAGCUCAACUUGAAGAAUUAUCAGGCGAUCAGGCUGCCACAGAACUGGUAAAAAGAAGUCCUGCACUGGCUGAGAACCCUCUUUCAUCUAUCUCUGAAAAUGGUUGCAAUGAAGAUAACGUCAGCUGUUCAGGUUCAUGGGCGUCAGCCUUAAUUUCUGAACUUGAACAUUUCAAGAAGGGGAAGCUGACCACACCUUCUUGUCAGAGCACAGGAGUAUCAGACAUGAGUUUCAUGGAUGACUUUGAAGAAAUAGAAAGGCUAGCGAUGGUAUGUGACAAUAAACCUUCAAAAUUGUAUGAUGCAAAGAGAGAGGCAAUAGAAUCAGCAGGCAAAGAGCUGGUUCCAGUUGAUGGUCCGAAUGAAACAAACGAUCAAGUUCAUCAAUACAAGAUUCAGAAGGGACUCGUUAAGUUAAUUGAACUUGUCGAGGGAGUUAUUCAGAGAUCGUCAAAGGAUCACAAUAGAAAAUUCGUGCAAUCUGGUGACAACAUGGGUGAUCAGUCCACAGCUAUAGAUGGUUAUUUUGCUCAUGCGUUCUUGUGGAAAACAUCAGAACUUACUUGUGUACUGCGACAUUUCAUUGUUGUAUGCAAUGAGCUCAUGUAUGGGAAUACCGAUGCCGAAAGAUUUGUUCUUGAAGUGAACCUCACACUGGAUUGGAUAAUCAACCACUGCUUUUCGCUCCAAGAUGUACCAGACAUGAGGGAAACUAUCAUAAAUCAUUUGGAGUUAGAUAGCAGCGACGGGCUUGACGCCGUUGCAGCCAAGCAAAUAGCAAUCCAAACCACAAAUGGCGUACAUGAACCCAGCACCCCAAAUAGCGUGCAGAUGUCACUAAUUUCUGUUUCAAGCCACGUGGAUAUUGGACUUAAAGCUGAUAAUGACACGCGCAGUAUAACGAAUGAAGUGCCAGUCUCUAAUCCCCACGAAUUGGAAGGAAAAUCUUCAAGUUUGCGAGCAGAACUUAAUGCAUUGAAGGAAACAGGAAAAAUAAAUGCACAAAGUGUUAACUGUGAAUCAACAGUGAGUGACCUUGACAAACACAAACCCAUCUGUAACUCUGAGGUAAACAAGAGCAAUCUACAGGGAAGCAGUUACUCCACUAAAGAGGGCCCAAAAUGUGUUCCCGGAAACGAAGAAAAAAAUCUACACAUGCAGCUAGAGAUCUCGACGGCAUCAGAGAAGCUCAUCGAGUGUCAGGAGACUAUCCUAAGCCUGGGAAAGCAACUAAAAGCACUUGCAUCACCAAAGGAUGCAACCUCAGCUCACCGUGAGCGAAAACCUCGGUCUCAAUCACUAAAUGAGAUGCUAGCUGUGGAUGACGGUGGAUCUGAUUACCUCAGCUCCCCGAAGACCAAGGAGAUCAUAUGCACAGAACUAAGGUCAACACAUGAAAGAAAAUUUUCUGCUGACGAGGGAUGUGACAAUUCGGAAUCAUCAUCUGGUUCUCACCCAACGCCAGUUGUUCUACCCGCGAAACCGUACAGAGUCAGUGGAACCCGCAAGAACGAAGCUGCUCCCAAGGUAGCAUCCCUUGCCAUUGUUCCAAGCAAGCAGAAGGGGAACACUAACUUGCUCAAGAGGAUUCUGACAGGAAGAAGAAGAGACGCCAUAAUGAAUCCAAAGGUGGUCCGAAGCGCUUAGUUGACAGAGAAGAUGGUAAAAUCAAUUCAUGGUAAAUUUAUUUUGUGUCUGUAAACUAAGCGUGUAUCAUUGCUUGUUUAGCUGUGUUCUUGUCAGGCUUAGGAAGAACCAUGAGAUGUUGUAUAUGUAUUGCAGUAUUAGUGUGCAUUGCAACGUAGUCGUCGUCGUUGUUACCCUAUUGCUUAGUUCGAUGAACUUGAGUUUGCUCUCUGCUGGAAACGUGGUUAAUUUAUUAUCAUGGCCUUAUGUGCA